AUGAUACAUUGCUUAGCUGCAGAAUCCGAUUUUAAUAAUUUGGUUGAAAGCUGUAGAGAGACGCUGUCGUCGUCGCGAGACAACUGGGAGAGGCUGGUGGCGGCGGUGGUGAAGAGAGAAGAAAUAUGGCAACUCUGCCACCAAAACUCCUUCACCACCAUUUCAUCUCAUUCCAGUGGAGAAAUUAUCAGUAUUUCGAGGAUUGGAUCGAAGAAUAAUUCCGAAUCACCACAGCGUCGAGCUCAGCUUGCUAGCGGUUCUGGCAUCGAAGUGAGGAACAAGAAAAGAUGGCAAAAAAGAUUUAGACAUCCAAAACUUGUUCAUGUGAUUGGAUUUUGUCAUACACUAGAAGAGCAACUGCUUGUUUUCCGCUUGAUGGUCAAUGGAAGUGUCGAAUCAUGGUUAAGGGGUAAGCCUGAAAGACUGCCACUCAUAUGUUAA